AUUGAAAGAGCAUUUAAAAAGAAAGAGAUUAACCAUGACUCAUAUGCAGCAGUUAUGAUUUGCGACUUAAUUCAUUUCAUCCAAUGCUUCGACGAAAACUUUAACAUAGAAGACUUGAGUACUGAGAGUAAAUUGAUGAAAUGUCUUCGCUCUGCAACAAACAUGGCAACUGGUACUGAAGAUGCCUUUGGCUUGGUUCUUCUGUCAUCCAUUGCAUUUCUACGAGGAUUUUACUGCAUGCUAUCUAAACACUCCUAUCUCUUCUCCCGUGAAACACAAUACUCAACCAUUUUGUGCGAAAUAAACUCACUUUUGGAAAGUGAUGACGAAAGGCACUACUCCAUUCGAACAUUCUUUUUAAAACAACUUCUUGCAUCCGGUCUGACCAUGUAUGAACUUCAACACUUAUGUUGUGCUAGUAAUCAAUUACCAGUAAUGAAAAAUAUGUUCCAACAAGGCUGUGACUUUGCUAAGGUUGAGUUUACAUUUGUCUCCCAGAUGGAUAAAUAUGAAGAGUUGAAAGAAGCCCUUUGGUCAUCCUCUCACGGAAAUGAUGUAGAGUUACUUGCUAUUGCCAGAAAAUGUGAAAACUCCUCCAAAGAUCGUCUAACGUUACUAGGGCUCAUUAUGAAUACUUUUUACGUUAAACGAGCAGCUGGUAAUCUUAAUGAUAAUGAAGAAAAGUUGGCGAGAAAAUUGUUCGAAAAAUUCAAACAUUUUCCACAUCCUAUGAAGCAACUAAUUUCAAAAUUACUUAGCUUGGAAAAAUUCAGUCAUUAUGGUUUACAAACUUCUUCAGAUUCGCCUGCCAACAAAAUUGACAUUAGUUUAUUAAUACUUCAUGUAUUGGGUGUUGUUUUGAGCAGUUUUGAAAUUGAAAACUCUCCAUUGCUUCGAUAUGUAAUCCAUUCAGAAAAAUGUCAGUCCACCUGGAUUCUUGCUUCUAGAAAUGACGAAAAAGCCAGAGUAUUAGACCAGUUUCGUUUUGUAAAUGAAGUUUCUACAGUAAACUGCGUGUGCAAGUUACACUUACAAUAUCAUGGUCAAAUGAAAAAAUGUCCCAACUGUGGUACAGAAGUGGACGUCAAGGAUCGUGAUAAUUCCCUCUCUGAUGAAACAGUGAAAUCCUAUUUCCACAGCACCGAGUGUAAAGAUUGGGAAACAUGCACUGUGAACAUGGAGCCGUCUGUCUAUCGAGCGUUACAUUUGAUUGUUCACGCAUGCUUUUAUGGAGGAAUUGCAGUUGGUCUGUCUUCGAAUGAAGUGAUACUGAAAACUCUUUUUCCUGAGAAUGAAGAUGGAAGUUUAGCAGAUGCCUGUCUUAAUCAGAUAAACGAAGAUCUAAAAUGUUUGCAGACUAUUCUUUCUUGCAAGAGACAAACUGCAAUUGAUGUAAUGCAUUUAGUGGUUGAAGAAUCUACUCCACUGCUUCAAGGAGUUGUUCAAAGUGGAAAUACAUUGAUAAAUAACACAGAAUGUGUGCAGUGGGAAAGCAAGUUCAUUGAAGUAGUGAGCGAAAUCUUCUUCAAAGCCUUUGGAUCAGCAAAACCGCUCAAAGAACAGAGAAUGAAGGCAAAGUUAAAGAUUAUGGCGCUUUCUAAGAUUGAAUAUGAAAUGCAAGAGCUUGACCAAUAUCCCACUGAUUUUGAUGAGCAAAAUAAAAAAUUGAAAAGAUUGUUUCGUAUCACAAGAGAACCGUCCUUUGUAGACUUGCGAGCAAUAUUUUUCAAUUAUUCUAAAGAAAAUAGCAAGGAAUACCCUGUUCUAGCUGUUUUGUUGUCUUGGUUUGACGAGCUUCCUUAUCUUGCUUGUUUAUAUCCUCUGCUAAAGUGGACACGUUUUAUCACAUCCAGGUUGACCCACAGUAUCAGUCGCAAAGAAGCGCAGAGCCGUCCUAUCAGUGAUUUUAUACAUUCAGAUUUGCAGGCUGGAGAAAGCGAUGGAUUAGAAGAACAAAAGGAAAUGUUUAAUAAGUUCAAAUAUGCGUGGAAUGAAAUGCAUGAAAUCUUGAAUCAGCACCUGGACGACAAUAAAAAGAUGCCUUAUAUUAGCGAAGAUGAUGCUAUUGGCUACUGCCUUUUAGAUGGCGACUUGAGUGUGUAUUUGAAAACAGCAAUAAAUAUUCUACAGUCAAUGCAGAACAGCUUUUUAGACUCUAUGGUCGCGACUUCAUUGAGAACGAAACAUCCAGCUGUUAGUUUCCUUACAAAAAGCGAGAACUGCUGUGGUGUGAUGUCAAUAUCACUACAAGAUGUUAAAGAAAAAGAUAUCAUCAAUAUUGAGUGGUCAAACAAAUACCUGAGGUACACACAAAAUCCAGAGUAUGGUUGUGGAGAAGAUAUUGAUUAUGAUUUUGAGCAGAUUGAAAACAUCUUGACUAAUGAAAUAGUUUUGGGAAAACUUUAUCUUACAGAUAUUUCAAGUACAUUCAUAUUUUCCCACGAACUCUUCCAUUCCAGUGCUAAUGUAUUGAUGAAGAUUCGUGAGUUGUGUCCACAAAGUCCAACUCUUCCUGAAGGUAUUGAUCAAGGAAUAGAGACACUUAAAGAACGCAGAAAACAAGAUGCACGUAACUUACUUCAAAACAUCGAGAUUAUCAUAUAUUUACUGCAUUCUGAUCCCAAAUCCAUCGAAGAAAUUCAAAAUAUGGAACUUGUUGAAUUCGCUGACACAUUUAAAGAUAAGCUUCCACGUCCGUUUCCGGUUGACCUGUUACCUGAACCCAAGAAAUCCAUUCAUCUUACUCAUAUUGCAGCUCUGUAUGAAGCAUUAGAAGACGUACUUGCCGAUGGUACCAUCGAAAGUCUCCCGAAACAUUUUGCAGUUGUUUUGACAGAUGAAGUAAAGAAACAACUAGAUAGUUUAGUCCACCACAGAAAUGGGCAAAUCAAAGCAAAACAGUUUCUUCAAGUGUUACGUCGUUUUGCAUUUCGUUAUCUGUCAGCUGAAAAAUUUCAUCCUGAAGCCAAAACACCUUUACGUAGUUGUCUGCAAGAACCGUCAUUGUGGACACCAGGCGAUGUUCCACAAGAAAAUGUCAUUCCUAGGGAGUUAGUGCUGGGAAAUAUUCAUUCAAUUAUUAAACAUCUACAACAGCAACAAUCCGGGCAGAGAAGUAGCGUGCAAAAUGAUGGAAGAAAUCUGCCUGUCGUAUCCAGUAAAAGAAAAAAACGAUUGGCAAUUAAAUUUUUUCGUUAGUUAUUACGUCAUUGACGUACAUUUCAUUUACAAGUCACAAUUAUAUAAAAUAAUGAUUCAUUAUGAUUGUAGUUAGAGAUAAUUAGUGAGUAUAACAGCUAAUUAAAGCAUAAAAUUGCAUAAAUAGAAUUAAAGUAGAUUUGGUCCAUGUAACAGUUAACACAAACAUUGCCACAUAUAUUUUGUGGGCAAUUGAUGCAAUUCAUUAAAUUUUAUAAUCGGUA